UCAGAGCGGUUAUAGCCGGGAUCAUGAGCAUCCCUAAAGGCAUUCGCGAAAAUGAACGUUUCGACGAGUUUGAUCAGGAAAACUCGAGCAUUGAAGAUUUCGAGUCAAUAGAACACACGGGCGAUCAGACUGUUCUCGGGGACGAAGAAUGUCAGGGCUGUUUUGUGAAACCAGAGUUGUUAGCUUUGUAUGGAGACAAAGCUUUUCCAGAUCGAAAAUCGCUUCGACAAAUACUGAAAACCGAAAACGACCAAGGCAGCGUCAAAGUCUUAACGAAACGCAUUAUCUAUGUCUGCGACGAGGAAACGAGGCUUGGACGAGCAGCAAUGACUAAUGAAGAGCUGGCACAAAAAUUAGGUGUUCCGGUGAAAAACAUUUACAACAUCGUGUCUGUGUUGCUGUCGCUCGGAAUGAUGGAGAGAGACGGGAGAAGUUCUUUUUCAUGGAUGCAUGGGGCGAACUUAGCAGAUGUCAUGUGUUACUUCAAAUCUUUAGGCGAGGAGUUUCAGAUCGGAGCCAAAUUGGAGUCUUUGAUCUCGCCGGAUGGAGUCAACUACUGCCAUGUCAAGGACGCGAAUAACCCAUUCGCUAAUUUCUUCUCGCCAAAAACAAGCCUUAUAGCGGCUGCGUGUGUGAAACUUCUCAUGCUCUUUCUCUCUUCUAAUCGGGAGGUGUUGCCGAUGCAUUUGGCCUCUUGUGCAAUGUGGAAAACAAAAGAUGAUGAAAAAACACGGUGCAAGUUAAAGAGGCGUAUAUUCGACUUAUGCAGCAUACUGGAGUGUCUAAACAUAGUGAAACGAGAAUCCACUCCUUUGAACAACAAUGUCCAACUCCCCAACCAUGUUUCUCGCUGUAAACACACUCAGGAGCAAAUAGAGGACCAUUUGUUCUACCUCAAAUGGGUCUACCCCCUGCGUCCAUCUCAGGUUUCAUCGUUCGCCUUUACAAAUAUCGAAUGGGAACUCAUCCAAGAUGGAAGCUUUGUGAAAAAGCAAAAUUGGGCAUCAUUGCGCUCUGAAUUCAGACUGGGGUUUGAAGUGAUGAAACGUCUGUUUAUCACCGAGAUCACAAGUGACUCGAAAGAUGAAAGAGCCAGUUCUGACAAUGGAGUCGAGUUAAAGCUGCCCCUUCCUUGCUCCGCUUUCGGAUUUGCAUGUCGGAUGGAGCAAUCGAAGACGACUGCCGCUGUAGUCACUAAGAAAAGGUGCAUCAAAAGGAAAAACUCGAAUUCGGACCAAAUCAGUGAUCGAAUGGCUAAACUAAUGAAAACAGGCUUGGACCGAGUGUCAGUCGAAUACGAGACUAGUACUGCUCCUGAAAACAAUUCUAUUGGGUUCAAAAGAAGUAAAUCAAACCCCAUCAACAUGGGGUAUACGAUUAAAGAUCACAACAUGCGUGAAAGCUCGCACGGAGAUGAAAUUUAUGGACAUGGGCAGAUGGAUGCACUAUUACCAGUCGCUUUGACUCCUGCAAAUUCUUUCGACUCCGGUUUGGAAUCAAUACUUGCCUUAAAUUCUUUUUCAAACUGUUGCGCAAGUGUAGCUCAUUCGAUUUCGAUUGGACAAAAUCAUAUCAGGAAAAUACCGACGCUGCCGCCUAUUUCGGCAUACAUGCAGCCCCUGCAUCCCGAUUACAUAAACGUCCCUGCAUACAGCCAACAUUUGCCAAUGAACACUUCUCUGGCUUAUUUUUCGCCCAGCCUAAAUUUGCACCAAACAAGUGCGCAGCAACAAAGUGGAAUUAUGCCGGCCCAAAUCCUCAAUGGGUUCGUUCAUAAUGCCAGUGAAAAUCAGGCUCUCCAUGCCUGGAACCCAGAUUAUGAGUUUUCAAAUCGAGUCGAGGCAAUUGAAGUACCAUUAGGGCGCUCGUUAACCCCAAGAUUCAAUGCAAUUAACGGUUCUUCUGCUGGAUUUUUGACAGGGUUCACUGGAUACCAGCCGAUGCCAAGAAUAAACGAGAGUUCUCUAGACGGUCCUCAUUUAUCGACCGAGGAGUUCUACGUGUCACACACAGUAGAUAACCAGCAACAUGUCCAGACUCAAAGUUAUGCCGACAAUCGCUCGUACCAUCCAAUGAUAUCUCCGACACUCGACAUAAUGAAUGUGAAUUCUGUCGAAACUGAAAGGGCAGAAUUUGUAACGGAGUCUGCUUUUUGGGGGGGAACAGUCAGUCAAACUGCGGUUCAUUCUUACGAGUCUGCGAUGCGUAAUACAUCUGAAAGUCUAAUAGCUUCAAACUUUAGUGGGCUCGAAAAUGUCAUGAAUGAUUGUCAGAAUAGUGAAGGUAUUCAAUCGGAAAAACUCGAUCGACAAUGUUCUAGUGACCCGAGUAGCAGCAUUGAAUGUGUACUCGAUGACAUUUUGGAAUCUUGUCAUCAGCAAAGUCAAGAAGAGGAGAAUUUGAGCAGAAGUCAGUUGUCAGACGCAGAGUUUGUCGAAAGCGAAAGCUCAACGAGUUCAAAUGAGCCGAGUGACUCAUUGUACGCUGCUGAUACGGAAGAUUAUUAGGAGUGAAACUCCAAUUCCGGCUAAAAAUUAUGAAUUGCUGAGAUAAACUUAUCGAGAGAAAAAAUUUCAAAUUUAACUGAUCUCGCCUGAUUGUGAUGAUAGUUAUCUGUCAUUUCCUGUGAAACUUUGAUCGUUAUAGUUCCCGAGUUCUGCAUAUCGUUGGCUUUGCUUCGAUUGAACUCUUUUGAAGUGAUGCACAGUUUUGGUGCUGUUACCACAGGUGCUUAUUUAUUAUCAUUUUCUUUAUGAGUUUCAGUUUUGCCAUUUCUGAUGCAAUUAGCUCACAACUUUGAACAAGAAUCGAAAUUAUCGAUUACAGUUCUGUAAAAACUAUCUUUGAAUUAUUUAAUUUUUUUCUGCCUCAGUUGUAUUUAUUCGCAAUGUAGUCACUGACUGAAACAAAGCUAGCUGCGCUAGCUGAUUGUAAAAGCUGUUGAUUUUGUUAUGUUCCUUCCUUCCUGGCAUUAUUUGAAAUUGAAAUUUGUUCUUGUUUG